AUGCGCUUCAACAUCACCUCCGUCUGUGCCUUGUUAUCCAUUGCCACCCAAAUCGUCUCUGCCGAGCCUGCUAGAGCAUGGGAUGACCCGCAAAACACUUUCUGGUACGCAACAAGUGCGGCAGUCUGCGGCUAUGGAGCCAAUCUUUGCAGCACCCAUGGCCAAAAGGCCUCCGCUGAUACACUCGCAACUGCCGCGUUCUGCUGUACUAUGACUGGUAUCGCAGCAGUGGCUAGCCGUACCGAACAACUUGAAGACGCGAAGAAAGGCUUUGAGAAGACGAAGAAAACGUUCGGCGAUGCUGCCACGUUUGUCAAGGAGAAAGCUGGACAGUACAAGACUAAAGCUGGAGUGUUUUUCGCCGAUUGCAGUGACAAGUUUUGUCGACUGGUCAACAGGCCAAGACCCCCCACUCCUACAAGGCCGAAUGGCGCUGCCCCCAAACGCAGGAACUAUCAACGCAACCAGAGACGUAGUGGGCAUAGGAAGAUGAAGCGCUCCUCCCCCACAGGUACGCGGAUUCGGAGCCGUGACCUGAUGAGCAUGGGUUACUACUACUAG